GUGAUGAAGUCAUCAAAGCUUCAAGCUUCACUUGAGACUUGAGCACUCCACGCCUCUUUCCACACGACACUGGAAUACCCUCACGUGCACCAAUGGCUUGAACACGUCCAUCAUUCUGAUCUUACGACAUCCAACCAGCAGUAUGGUCCUCGAAGAAGCCACCUCCCCCCAGGAGCCCGCCACCUACUCCGAAAACGCACCCACCUCCGAUCUCGACCCAUACGCAACAAACACCACACCAGAACUCUCCGGCCGCCCCUCAUCUUACAUCCGCAUCGACCAACCAGGCAACAACCCUCCCCUCUACGUCAAUGCCGCUAACCUCCCCCAACCCAUCGCCGUCUUCUUCAAACAACGGCGCGCCCAAGAAAUCGAGCGCGAUAUCAAAGAGGUAUGCCAGUACGUGGGCAGAGCUGUGCAGCGGCCGCUGCGACAAGAAGAGGCGGACGCGCUUGCAUACCACCAUGCGAGGAGUGUGCGAAUAGCUAGUUAUGGAUCGCCGCUCGGCGCAGCGGUGGCCACGUUAUGGGCGUACAGGCAGACGAAUUUCAGGUUUCCAGGCUGGUCGCCGAUGGCUACUGGUCGCUUUUCACCCGACAGUCUUGGACCGUUGAAGGGGCAAUUAGCGAGGACGACGUGGACGAUUGCGCGGUAUAAUGCGUAUGGCUUUGUGGGAAUCAUCUUCGGCUCCAUGUUCACCACUUCGUAUGCGAUUUCGAGUUCGAUGGCGAACCGCGCGAUGGAUCCGCGGCUCAAGGACUUCAUGGAGGCCUUGAAGGCGAAGGCGUCGGGGAAGACGGUGGAGCGGCGGAGCCAGCCCGAAGGCAGAAUGGAGGGCGAGACGUUUGAGAUGGCGAGGCAGAGGAAGGCUGUGUCGCAACAGCAGCAGCGAGCGCAGCAGCAGCAGCCGCAACAGGAUGAGAGCUGGCAGCAGAAGAGACGGUCACCGAAGCAGGGUGGCGACGACAUGUCGCCAACGAGUGGAGGGUUCGAGGACGAUUUCAUGGACGCUGGGAAUGAUACGGGGUUGAUGAGUGAUGGCCGAGCGAAUGCGCAACAGCAAAGGGCCGAGAACGCCACUUCGACGUACGACAUGAGCGCGUCUUCUUCCUCCCCAUCAUCACCUCAAUCCCGACCGCAGAAUGCCAACGCCUCCGCCCAACCAAGGCAAGGCUCAAACGCCAGCAACACAGGAGGCAGCGUCUGGGAACGAUUACGACAAAACGCGAUGUCCGGCAACACUUCGCCGCCAAACUCGCCAUCCUCCCCGUCAGCGCGGAGCCAGCCUUCUCGUACGCCAACUCAAAACAGCCAGCCGUCCGGGAGCGACAGUUUCAGCUUCUCGCGCAGUGAGGAGGAGAGCCAGCUUGCGCGCUCCGAAGCGCAGAAGGAGUUCGACAAGCGGGUGGAGCAGGAGAGAGAAGGGCAUGAUUUCAGCGAGGGACGUGGUGGGGCGGGGAAGUCUGGAAAGUGGUAGUGUGCGUGGGAAGGAAAGGGACAUGAGCACUGGCCUGGGGCAGAUCUCAAAAUGCACA